UCAAAUAAUCAUGGACAUUCAAAACCUUAUUCAAUAAUUCGGAGCAGGUUAAGCAGUCAAUCCUGAAGCAUCCAUUCCAGAUACAGCAGAAUAAGUCACUAUUAGUGCCCUUGCUUUAAUCAAGAUGCUUAAAGUAAUUACAAAAUAAUCUUCCAGCAUGCCAGAGCAGGAAUUCCAUUUGAAGUCAUGGGUCUUUUAUUAGGAGACAUUGUAGACGAUUAUCACAUUAGAGUUUAUGAUGUUUUUUCGAUGCCUUAAACAGCAAGUAGUGUUUCUGUGGAAUCUGUGGACCCAAUUUUUCAAUAAAAGAUGGUUGAACUUCUCAAUUUAACAGGUAGAAUGGAAAAUUGUAUUGGAUGGUAUCAUUCACAUCCAUCAUAUGGUUGUUGGCUUUCAAGUGGUACUUAUUCAUUCCUCAUCAUUUAAAAGUUGAUAUCAAUACUCAAUAAUCUUAUGAAUAGUUAAAUAAGAAAUCAAUUGCUGUUGUUAUUGACCCUAUUCAAUCAGUCAGAGGCAAAGUAGUAAUUGAUGCAUUCAGAUUGAUUCCAUAAUAAAAUAUGCUCAGCUAAUAAGAACCCAGAUAAACAACUUCAAAUACAGGGCACCUAUAAAAACCAGGUUUAGAAGCAUUGUUAAGAGGAUUGAAUAGAUACUAUUAUUCAAUUAACAUCAAAUUUAAGUGCAAUGAUCUAGAAUAGAAAAUGCUAUAAAAUUUAUAUAAGAAUAGUUGGACUGAAGGUUUAAAGUAUAUAUAUAUCAUCCUAUUCAUUACUAGAUGUAAUUCUGCUAGUGAAAAUAGUAAAAGAAAUGAAUCCUGCGUUGAAGACAUGUCCAAAUUAGCUUUAGAAUAUUAGAAGUUGAUAGGUAUGGAGUCUUUGUUAAUUGUAGAGGAUGAAUCCAAAAAAGGAGAAUAGGAAACCAAAAUCAAGAAUACAGGUAAGAAGGAUCCAAAGAGACAUCUUGGUUUGAAAGUGGAUGAACUGCUUGAUGAAAAUUUAAAUGCUAUAUUGGGAAGAAUGAUGGCUACUAAAGGCAUUUGAUCUG